AUGUUGUCGCACACGCAGCUCAACGUCAGGGGCGGCAUUGCCACCGAAGCUGCCUGGUCUCGAAAAAACCUGGUCGUGAGGGCCGCCAAGCCAGAUGGCAAGGAGGGAGAGCCCAUCGGACCCAAGAGGGGCACCAAGGUGAAGAUUCUGCGCCCAGAGUCGUACUGGUACAACAAAGUGGGCAAGGUUGUGUCAGUGGAUCAGACCGGAAUUCGCUACCCAGUGGUGGUGCGCUUUGACAGCGUCAACUACAUGGGUGUGAACACCAACAACUAUGCUCUUGAGGAGGUCGAGGAAACUUAA